AGCCGCGGUUGGCAUUUAGUACUAUCCCAUAAAACUCGAUUGGACGGUUGCUGAAUCAGUUCAAGAUAACGGCUCGACCAUGGAUAGGAAACAGCAAUUGGUGCGAUUAUGUCUGACUCUGGUUAUCCUGAUCGGUACGACUCAGGGUGUACUAGUACCGAGUGCCCGCAUUAUCAAACUGCCGAUAGGAAAUACCGUGCCAACGAUUGAACCACGUGUCCUUGCCGGUGGUCGAAUUUCCGGUGGAGAGCUUGUUCAAGGUGAGGAUGUACCGUACGCAGCUGGUAUCCUUAUAGUGGGACAAACCGGAGUGCGUUGGUGUGGAGGAUCGCUUAUCACCAGUACCUAUGUUCUUUCGGCGGCGAAUUGUUAUACCGUAAUACCAAAUCCUAUCUUUGUUCUGUUGGGAGCAUCUGACAUGACUAAUGUCACCGAUAUUGUUAUAGCAGAAACAUUGAUAAUACACAUUGGUUAUGAUCCACAGACUAGUCAAAACGAUAUUGCUUUGCUCCAGCUAUCACAGGAGGCAGAGAUUGGACCUACCGUGCGACCGGUUCGAUUGCCAAACUGGCGACAGUUGCAGUCCACUUUCAACGGCCAGCUUGCCACGGUGUCUGGCUGGGGUGCCCUCUGGCACAAUGCACCGGAGAUCUUGCCGAUGAACGACCUGCGACGGACUAGCCUACCGGUGAUCACCAACCUUGCGUGCAACCUGCGAUUCCCGGCAGCCAUCUCGGACAGCCAGCUAUGUGUCGAGGCAGAAAGCGGUUCACCUUGUUCCGGUGAUCAGGGCGGUCCACUGACAGUGGCCGAUCCCGACGGAAACAGCACUCUGAUUGGAGUGUUCUCGUAUGUUUCAAUUUUCGGGUGCAAUUCGGGCUGGCCGGCUGUGUUCACCAGGGUAACGCCCUACCUGCAGUGGAUUGAAAUGUAUUCGAAUGCUGUAAUUUCGGAUGAUUUCGAGUUUUGAACGAAAUAGAAAUGAGUGCUCAAAUCUA